AUGUUUAGUUCAACAAUGACUUUUUUUUAUAUUUCAUUAGACAAAGUCAAACCAAUUGAAUUAAAUGAAGAAGCUAGUGUUGACACACAAAAUGUAUCAAAUACUUGUCUUGCUCACUUUGAAACUACUCAUCGUUUACUUGAAUGUCGUGCUGAUGUAUUAUCUAAUAGAGAACAUCCGUCAUCAUCACUUUGGCUUAUUAUAUCACGUACAUACCAACAUGUUUUACAAACAGAAGAUGAAGCAAGUAAAAUCACAUAUCGAACUGCUGUGAUACCAUAUACAGAAUUGGAAUUUGAUAUACGAAAAUUAGAAAGUCUUGAUUUAUCAUCACAAGAAGAACGUGUUCCAUGGAUAUUUUUCGUAACAUUUUCUAACCAAUUACAGCAAUUAGCAAAACAUGUCCUUCGUGAAGAUUAUAUUUUUUUCUAUGAAAGUGCAAAUGUCGAUGUAGCACGUACGAUAGAAGAAGUACCAUUUACAAAGAAACAAAAUCUGAACGUUAUUUGAUUUUGUUGAAACACAGCGAUCAGCUGAUACUAUUGGUGCAUUAUUUUUACAAAAAAAUCUCAUAAGUGUAAUAAUCCAUGAAAAUCAAACACACCAA